AUGUUUAAAGUUUGGUCUAGUGAAGAAGUGUGCUUGCUUUCAGUAUUGAAGGGCAUUAUAGUUUGGUCUGAAAAUCAACCAGUUGUGUGGGGAGGAGCGAGCAGACUAGCAGAGUUUAUUCACGGGAAGAGUUGCAGAAUCAAUUCAAGGUCAAGCUCUUCUUCAAUGGCUGUCACUAACAUGGUUCCCACCGUUCCUGUUCUCUUCUUCUUUUUCCUCUUCAUUGCAAUCUUCAGCCUUUUGAUUUCUGCAAAUUCGUCGUCCUUAUCGCAAGAUAUUAAGAUUCAGGAACAAGACAAAGACCCUUUUGUUGGGUUCAACAUUGGCACUGAUGUCUCCAAUUUGCUCUCACCGACGGAACUGGUCAAAUUCCUGCAAACCCAGAAAGUAAACCAUGUCCGUUUAUACGACGCUGAUCCAGAUUUGCUCAGGGCAUUGGCCAAAACCAAGAUCCGGGUCAUUAUCAGCGUCCCCAACAACCAGCUCCUCGCAAUCGGAUCCUCUAACAGCACCGCUGCGUCGUGGGUUGGUCGAAACGUGGUUGCUUAUUACCCCGAGACACUAAUCACAGCCAUUUCCGUUGGAGAUGAGGUCUUAACCACUGUGCCUUCUUCAGCUCCUCUGCUCUUACCUGCAAUCGAGUCUCUAUACAACGCUCUCGUUGCUUCGAAUCUCCACACUCAGAUCAAGGUCUCCACGCCUCACGCGGCUUCAAUAAUGCUCGAUACCUUCCCGCCUUCUCAAGCUUACUUUAACCAGUCUUGGCACUCGAUUAUGGUCCCUCUGCUUCAGUUCUUGUCGAAGACGGGCUCUCCUCUGAUGAUGAAUCUCUAUCCUUACUACGUCUACAUGCAGAACAAAGGCGUGGUUCCUCUCGACAACUGUUUGUUCGAGCCCUUGACCCCUUCUAAAGAAAUGGUUGAUCCGAACACUCUGCUGCACUACACGAACGUCCUCGACGCCAUGGUCGACGCUGCUUACGUCUCGAUGAAAAACCUGAACGUCUCUGAUGUGGUUGUGCUUGUGACCGAGUCCGGGUGGCCUUCGAGAGGCGAUUCCAAAGAGCCGCACGCUACCAUCGACAAUGCUGAUACGUAUAACUCCAAUCUGAUCAAGCACAUAUUCGAUAGAGCCGGUACUCCUUUGCACCCUGAGAUGACGCCAAGUGUCUACAUUUAUGAGCUGUUUAACGAGGAUUUAAGGGCGCCUCCGGUUAGUGAAGCUAGCUGGGGUUUGUUCUAUGGGAACUCUACGCCGGUUUACUUGCUUCACGUGUCUGGAAGCGGAACGUUCCUGGCGAACGAUACAACGAACCAGACGUACUGCAUUGCUAUGGAUAGUGUGGACGUAAAGACGCUUCAGGCUGCGUUGGACUGGGCUUGUGGACCAGGGAGAGCUAAUUGUAGUGAGAUUCAACCUGGGGAGAGUUGUUAUCAGCCGAAUAAUGUGAAGGGACAUGCCUCUUUUGCUUUCAAUAGUUAUUACCAGAAGGAAGGAAGAGCUUCUGGUUCAUGUGACUUCAAAGGUGUGGCUAUGAUCACUACCACAGACCCAAGUCAUGGAAGCUGCAUUUUCCCAGGAAGCAAGAAGGUAGGAAAUCGGACACAGACGGUGGUGAAUUCGACUGAAGUCGCGGCCGGCGAAGCCUCCUCAAGGAGUCUCUCAAGAGGCUUCUGCGUCAGCAUUAUGAUUCUUGGUAAAAUGUCAACAACCCGAUUUCUCCGACUCCUCACAACCCUCGCGAUGUCGUCAUCGUCUUCCUCGUCAUCAUGGUCCUGCAACAAAUGUACUUUCCUCAAUUCUCCGUCUCAGAAACUCAAGUGUAUGAUCUGCUUGAAUCCCGUACCUGUCACUUCCUCCAUCUCAGUUUCCUCGAGCGAUGAACCGAAAUGGGCGUGCAAAGGCUGCACUUUUUUGAACACGUACAAGAACUCAGUCUGCGAUAUCUGCGGAACGCGAUCGCCUUCGUCUUCUUCUCUCCUGGGCUUCGACGACCUGACCGAUUCGGGUCUCGAAAGUAACAGCAACCCUGGUUGCUCCGUCGGGUCGGUUUUCUUUCCCCUGCGGCGGUGUAGUAAGCGCAAGGCCAUGGAUGAUGACGUCGUUGAGGUUGAUGGUGGUUCUGUUGUUCGCUCUGAAUCGCUGAGUGUCAUGAAGAAGAACAAAGAAAUUGAUACGAAAGAGGUAGCUUCUGAUUCAGGAGGAGCACCUUUCUCUUGCUUGAAGAUGUUGAGCUACAAUGUUUGGUUCCGUGAAGAUCUUGAGUUGAAUCUUCGGAUGAAAGCGAUCGGCCACCUUAUUCAGCUCCAUUCUCCUCAUCUCAUCUGUUUUCAGGAAGUUACUCCUGAGAUAUAUGAUAUCUUCCGCAAGUCGAGCUGGUGGAAAGCGUAUUCUUGCUCUGUCUCAUUCGAUGUGGCACAAUCAAAAGCCUACUUCUGCAUGCUGUUGAGCAAGGUUGGGGUGAAAUCUUUCAGCUGCAAAAGCUUUAGGAACUCGAUAAUGGGAAGAGAGUUGUCAAUUGCAGAGGUUGAAGUUCCGGGGAGAAAGCCGCUUGUUCUGGCUACAAGCCAUCUCGAGAGUCCAUGUCCAGGUCCUCCGAAAUGGGACCAAAUGUUUAGCCGAGAACGCGUUGAGCAAGCCAAUGAGGCGAUCGAGAUUCUCGGAGCUAAUCCCAACGUGAUAUUCGGUGGAGACAUGAACUGGGACGACAAGCUAGAUGGGAAGUUUCCUCUGCCAGACAAGUGGGUCGAUGCUUGGGAGGUUCUGAAACCAGGUGAUAUCGGUUUUACAUACGACACCAAGGCAAACCCAAUGUUGUCAGGUAACCGAGCAUUGCAGAAACGGUUGGACCGGAUUAUGUGCCGUCUGGAUGAUUACAAGCUUGGCGGAAUCGAGAUGGUGGGGAAAGAGGCGAUUCCUGGUUUAUCCUAUGUGAAGGAGAAGAAAGUGAGGGGUGCGAUUAAGGAGUUAGAGCUUCCAGUGUUGCCUAGUGACCAUUUCGGUCUGCUUUUGACCCUUUCGCCAAAAUGA